AGAUGGAAAAUGUCUCCUCCAUUAGUUGAUAACUAUAGUGAUAAGGGAUACAAGAAAAAACAACUGGAUUAGUGGACACCAAAGACCUAUGUCUUUGGUGGACACAUGUGAAUGAAAUUUCUAAUUCGAAUCUUAUUUGUUAAUUGUUAUGCCCAAUCGCAAUAAAAAGAAACAGGAUGGUUUAUAUAAAGAACUUUUUCGCCGUAAAUUUGCUUGUUCGAACAAUUCGUUCAACAUAGGCGAUAAUCCUCGUCGCGUUCCCCUGGAAAAGGUGGCAGCUUUAAUCGCCGCGGCUGGUAGACUCACUAGGAUUCGUGUGUCUCGAGUCAUCGAUAUCAGUAUAAUAAUUACACCAUUGUUGAUUAAUGUCCCGCGUGAAGUCCAGCCAGAGAAUAGCUAUUAUAUCAGAGACUACGAGCAAGAGUUCGAGAGACCUGAUCAAAUAAGACAGAAUAAUCCACCGUCCGGUAGCAUCUCAGAUUCGUCCGUCGGUGAUGAGAUACCCUCGAAAGUGCUUAGAACAGACCCUUCGACUCGACAAGUAAAGGCUGAUUUUACCUCCGCGACAUCAUCGUCAUCUUGUGCGCUAUCCUCGCAAAAUGUCCGUUGUCAACCGAAUAUCUUACCAGAGCGGCCUCCUAUUCAACAAGCUGAUACUACAUGGUUAACCGGAAACCAAUUGACUGAUUUUGUGAAUAAUUUUGAGUCGUUUAUCACAUUCAUGUUCCUUAACCCUCCGGAAGGAUUGUCUAUUAGUUUCGCCGUUUUUCGAGAGAUCGGUUACGAAAUAUACGACGAAUUGAACGAGCGUCUUCAAUGAAUAUUUUCUCAUAGGAUUUCUAUAAACGGUCCGAUGUUAUCUUUGGAGUAUGCCUAUCGUUCCAGUGAUAUCUACGCUUAAUUGGUAGUGAUGGUUUUUCAAUGUACCAGAGAAGAUCACGAAUAUUUACCAUUUUUUGAUACCAGAGAUGAUCUCCCUUCAUAAAGUAUAAUCAUUUAUUAAUAUAUAUCCAAAAAUCUU